AUGGCCCCGGGAGUACCGGUGCUCGUAAUCAGUAGUCCUAAUACUCUCUGUAGCGCUGAGUCUCGCAAUAAACUGUGGUUUAACUGGUAUUUCAAUACAGCGAACCUCUAUAUUGUAGUCAAUACAAUAAUGCUGUCAAACGUAAUCAAAUCGGGACUCAAACUCCCGGCCCUGGGCUUUGAGUCCGUAUCGCAACUACUGGUGCAUCGGUUGAGCCGUUCGCCCAACACUAUACAAAUCAUAGACACGGCUAUCGGGCGUCACACCACACGCGGACAGACACUGGAUUAUGGCAUGAAUUUUGCGGCAUAUCUACGGGACGAGUGCCGUAUCGGCUCAGGCGAUGUCGUGCUGUUUGUCACGCAAAACAGUGACACUCACGCCAUAGCCCUGUGCGGUGUGGUGUUGGCCGCCGGGGUCUACGCCUCCAUACCUGUCCACUCAACACUCCGGGAACUGGAAGAAGUUCUAGAUGUAAUUACACCUACACUACUGGUGCUCGACUCAGCCAACUACGAGGCGAUGGCUAAAAUUGGGCACUUAUAUCGCAUUAAGACCCUAGUGUUGGACAAACACGGAUCGCACACAUCUAUAGAGGAUAUAUUUCUGAAAACACGGGCCACCGACAGCCCUGCCCUCCCGGUGCCCACCACUGCGGACACCACAAUCACAUACGUGAUGACCAGCGGCUCCACCGGUCGACCGAAGGCCGUGCGGCGAACCAACGGUAACCACUUGGCAGUGGUGGCCGCCUUUGGGCACCGGGACGUGUGCCCACUCACCGCCGCCGACGUACUGCUAUCGUGCGGGUUGUGUCACAUCUGUGGCCAGAGGUCACUGUUGUCGGCGAUAGAGUCCGGCGCCUGUUUGGCUGUGUUGGGCUGUGACGAAAAUCACGAUGAUGUUUUUGCCACUAUUAGUAAGUAUAGGGUUACCGAUGCCCUACUGGUGCCCACCCAACUUAACUACUUGGUGAAAAAUUGGCCAAAGUUCCCGCCGGGUUAUUUCGCUACGUUAAAGCACGUGCUGACCGGUGCCGCGCCGUUGACCGCCGCCACUUACGAGGCGGUCCGCCGGUUACUGCCCGACGUUAGGCUCCGUAAUAGCUACGGUAUGUCUGAAAGCGGUUUCGCGCUGACCGUCCACUCGCCCGACGCCAACCUAUUGGCCAAUUGCGAGACUGUGGGCAAAGUGAACCCCGGGAUGCAGAUCGUGGUGAUCGACGAGAAUGGUGUGCCGUUGGGCGCCAACCAGUUGGGAGAGAUAUGCAUGAAAGGCGAUCAGGUAACCCCGGGUUACGUAAACAAUAGUCGCGAAAAUGAGCGACUAUUCACUGGGCACUCGUACCUCCGGAGCGGCGAUAUUGGCUAUUAUGACGACAACCACUACUUCUACAUCAUUGGCCGCAUUAAGGAAAUGAUAAUCGUUGACGGCGUAAACAUAGCGUUGGCAGAGUUGGAGCGCCUGUUGACUGGGCACAAGUCGGUGGUGAACGCGGCGGUGAUUGCGGUGUCGGACGACGGCCACGGAGAGGUGCCCAUGGCUUUUGUGACGGUGGUUGAGGGCUCGGACGUGACCGAACAGGAGUUGAUGGCUUACGUAGACGGCCAGGUGAACGAGCACAAGAAGUUGAGGGGAGGGCUGAGAAUUGUGGACAAGUUUCCCACCACUCCCAGCGGCAAGAUUAAGAAACCCCAACUGUUGGCUAUUGCAUUAUAUUAA